AUGUGCGCUCCGCGCUACCACACGCUCGCUGCGGCUCGGCCUGCGCUUGCAGCGAUAUCAAGCUCACGCCGCGCGAUCGCGUUCGUCGCAGCGACCGCGAUCCUCGGCACCCUCUUCUACCAACUGAGGAGGCGAGCGGGUGGCUGCAACCCAGCGCCCAUGUGCCGCAUCUGGUCGUGCAGCAAGCCGCUCGCCGCUCAGCUUGAGGACGAGUGGCCGUCGUGGCCGCCAGUCUCGCGCAAUGGUAUCCCGCGCGACAACCUUCCUGGCUGGUCGGCUGAGGGUUGGCUGCGCUCCGGCUUCUCGGGGACCGCUCCUUCGAUCCCGCAGCCGGUGAACGAACAGCUGUGGCACGACGCCUUUGGCCUGUGGUCGCCACUCAACCUUGCCAUCGGUGGCGACCGUGUCCAGGACCUCGGCUGGCGGUUGCAGCGCGGCGGCCUGCUCGCGCGGGCUCUGCGCCCGACGAUCUUUGCGGUCAUGCUCGUCCUGGUGAUGGAGCAGCUCCACGCGGCGCGGCCGGCGGCGACGCUGCUGCUGCAGGCUAUCCUGCCUCGGGGCGGCGACGCGCGCCUACGCACCCCGUGGUGGGACGACGCCGAGACAAACAGCCACUACCACGCGGUCACAACGCUCAACGGCCGGCUGGCGGCGUAUGCUUGGAAGCGGCCGUGGGUGCGGUGGGUCGAUUGCGGCGACCGUUUCCUCGCGCCUGGCUACGCACCGGCCGACCAGGCUGCGAGCGCGACGCCCGACGGCGACCUGAUGCUGGCGGAGCCGUUGGGUGCCCCACACGCCCGCGCUCACCAGGUGAAGCGGAACGCUUCCUCGGCGGCGGGGCCCGGGGGGCGUCAUUUGCAGCCGCACCUCAUGUACGACUUGCUCCACCUGACGCCCGAGGGGUACACUCGCUGGGCCGAGUGUUUGCGGCCUGCAAUCGCAGAGGCCUUUGCUUGGAACGCUAACCGCACGCGGCGGCAGUAGGGGACCGCUCUUCCAGAACCGUACAUCAGCCGGACCCCGCACAUGUCUUCUUUUUGUGAAGUAUUAGUUACUUUAUUGUUAGCCGUAUACUGACUUUGUUGUGGCUCAACUUGUAUAAUGCCAUUAAUGGGGGAGAGAUAUUCA